AUGGCCACUGCUGGAGAGCCAGACUAUGUAUAUGUUCAGGCUGGCCAUGAUGAAGUCCUGGGUCAGAUCAACGAUGCAUCCGAGCCUCACGCCCCAAUUGAGGAGGAAAAUGCUGUUGGUAAUUGUGUCAUCCCAAGCAACUCUUCGCGGAUUAUAGUUGGAGAUUCAGUCUAUGUAAAUGAACGUGAUUGCAAGAAACUACAGAGAUUAAAAGAUUGGAGAGUGAACAUCAAAAGCGACUUGAUAAGGUUACAAUUGGCUGAGGUGUCUCAAACUCUUGAGCAGAAACUAGCAUUGAAAGACGAAGUUCAUGCGCAGGAACUGGCAUUGAAGGAAGAGGACCUUGAGAAGAAAUUAAGUGAGAAAACACAACAUCUUGAAACUCAACUCUCUGAAAAAGAGCAUGAUCUUGAAAAGCGAUUGAUUGAGAAAGAAGAGGACCUUGAGAAGAAACUAACGAAACUAGCCGAGAGUAAAAGAGAAUUUGAGCAACAACUGUCUGACGAAGCCGAACAGACUAAGCAGCAGCAGGCACAGAAGGACGAGGAGCUCAGAGAGGCUACACACGAGUUGGAGACAUGUAAAGAGCAGCUAGAGGAAAAGGAGAAACAACUUGUUGAUGCUCGUUCAAAGGAGGAACAGCUGGAGUCUGAAAAUGCUGACCUGAAGGAUCAAGUGAAAGUGCUCACAGAAGAAAAAGAGGCUCUUGAAAAAACCGUAGAGGAGUUGGGUAAAGAGGUUAGAGUCUUAAAUCAACAAAUGGGUGAGCUCAAAGCUAAAAACAAGGAACUCCAGGAGAAGAUGGAUAAGUGUGCCCAGAAAGAAGAAUUGGAUAAAACUAUUCAAAGAAUUCAGAGGAAUGAGGAGCAGAACCGGGAGGAGAAUGCACGCAUUACAAAGGAGCUGAUACAGGCUAAGGACAAUGUGGAACUUAUGCUAAAACUUCUACAGCCUGCCCUGUCUGGUAGUUUGAUCGCCAAGCUGCCAGAACUCCAAAAGACUAUGACCAAGUCUUCAAACACUUCAUACAGUCCACCAGCCGACCGCUCCCCUCCUCCAGAAAAUCAAACAUUGUAACAUUUUUAUGAUUAGCUUAUAAUAAUUAUGUUUGAGCAAAAUUGUAGUUUUAUUUUUUUAUUUCAAUGUGCACUGUAAAA